GAGCAGACGCAAAAGGAGGCGGCGGCCCCGCAUCCCCCGAGGACUCCCGGAGCCCUGCGCUCCCGCAGCUCCCGCAGCGCCCGCAGCUCCUGGAUGAGGACGGAGGGCCCAGGGAGGAAGUGGCCGCGGGUGGGGGCAGCUCCCCGGCCCCCGAGGACCCGCCGGCAGAUGCCCAGGCCGAGGCCGCGGCCUCGUCCGCUCCCCAGACCCAGGCUACAGGCGAGGCCCCGCAGGGGCCCAAGGCGGCAGCUGGCGGGGUGCCCAACAUCGGCUUCGUGGGCGAGCCCCCGCCCUACGCGCCGCCCGACCCCAAGGCCGUGCACCUGCUCUACCCGCCCUUCCCGCAGGGGCCUGUCCUCUUCCAGCCCGGGCCCUCGCCCCAGGCCCUGUACCCGCCGUCGACGGCCGCGCCCCUGUACCCAGCACCUGCCGCGCCGCCGCUCUUCACACCCUUCCCGGUGUACAACAGCCCCGUGGCUGGCUUGCCAGCCCCCACCGCGGUGGAGCACAGGCCCCUGCCCAAGGACUACAUGAUGGAGUCCGUGCUGGUGACCCUCUUCUGCUGCCUGCUCACGGGGCUCAUUGCGAUCGUCUACUCCCACGAGACCCGUGCUGCCCUGAGCCGGGGGGACCUGGCCCAGGCUGAGGAGGCUUCCCGGAAGGCCCGCUCACUCGUGCUCUUCAGUCUGCUCUUCGGGGUCUUUGUGUCCACCAGCUGGGUCAUCUAUGUGGUGGUGGCACUCUACCUCCCCUGAGAGCUGCUGGCUCCUUUGGAGAUGCCAGGACGCACAAGGACACCCAACCUGGACACACUGUUUCUGUGGACUUUGAUCCCUGCUGGUGGCUAUCUGUUGCCUACAGAGGGAACCCAGGGCCAGAAGAAGGUGGGAUUUGUCACCCUUAACACACCCAUAGCUAGGCCUCCGCCGCUACAGGUGGCCUCAGGCAGUGUCCUCACCUGAACUGGCCCCAGAGCCCAGGCUCAUUGUGGGAUGGGGGCACACCAGAGCUCCUGGGCCUCUGUGCAUCCCCCUAAACUCUUUCUGGGACUGUGCUGGCUGGGCUCUGUAGCCCUUGCCUUUACCUUACACCCGGGAGACCAUCAAAGGGACCAGAGCUCCCUUUGUCCUUGGAGCCAUCUGGAAGGACCUUGCAAACUCCAGCCUCCUCUACCUGCCUGGUGAUUGUAGGGCAAAGCUGCUGGUGUUUCUUCUUCCCUGUGGAGGAGUUGAGUGGCGUCUUCUCUCCUUGGUAGCUCCUGGCCGAUCAUUCUGGACCCCUGCCCCAUCCCAGGAGACAGGCACUCUCAUGCUGACUAUGUCCAGAAACCAAGGCCACUGUGUCUGGUCAAUAAACAAAAAGCAACCCCUUGGGCAGGGCUUCACGUCGCUACUUCUGGCUCACUUUCAGUGCGAGUGGCACAUUGGUCCCCAGCUGGGCUCUGGGGGCUCCUGAGGCUGCCCCCCCUCUGAGAUGCUGUUUGCAUGAAGGCAGGUCUGGCCAGGGUCUGUUUGCUGCUCAUGUUGUGUGGCCCCUCUGAGAUGUGACCCACUUCUCAUGGGGCUGUUUUACCAGAAGUUUCUCUCCCCUCCUCCCUGCCCUCUACUUCCUCCUUUUGUCGGUAGCCUUUCAGCUCUGCCCCACUCCUCCUCCCUGUCAUCUGCGUGCUCCUUCUGUCCCUAACUUUAUUGCCCACCAAAGGAGGGUCAGCUUGGUCCUGUGUGGUGAGGGCCACCCAGACUAGAGAGCACUUGGGUCACCCUAGAGACUGCUGGAUGGCCUAUAGAGCUAUGUGUGAAUGUCCCUGAGUCCCACCUGGCACCCUGGUCCAGUCAGCUGUGGUCCAUUUUAACCAGAUUCAGAACUGUCUGCAGAGGCAAGGGGCUUAGGGGACAGGGCGUGGAGGCCCCUGCAGCUUCCCAGCCAGGCCUCGUAAUCAACAGUGACAUUCUAGCUGGUCCAGGCCCCAGCCAUAAA